CUGUCACUUGAUUUGUCAUUCAAGGCGCAGUGGAUAGUUUUAGCGAUAUUUUAUUUUUUUAUUUACAUGUAUCCGUGAUUAUAAAAUUUCGCAUGAAUCUGGUAUUUAGGCUUUCCGUUAAAGCCUAUAAUAGGUGUGAAUUUCUGAUGUCCUUAAAGUGCAGAACAAGUUUGUUGGUGUUGCAGAAGAGUGUUGGAUAGCUAACGUGUCAUAACUUUUAAGUUAUUCCGACCGAUGUAACACUAAAAAGUGUUAACUUGUUUACAAUUCAGUUUAUAAAUUAGUUUGUUUUCACAUGGGUGAUGGCUUGGCAGUCGGAUACACGUACGGACGAGAACAGUUUUCUUCUUCGUCUGAAGAUAAUUGGGGCUUUCUCUUUGGCAAAGAAGGACAUCUUUGGAGCUAGUGACCCGUACGUCCGCGUGGAGUUGCAGAAGAUAGACGGUGACGUCACUGUUGAGACCUUCCUCACAAAGACCAAGAAAAAGACCUUGAACCCGGUAUGGAAUCAAGAGUUUAUAUUCAGGGUGAAACCACAAGAGCAGAAGUUACUCAUCCAAGUGUUCGAUGAGAACAGGCUAACGCGGGAUGACUUCCUCGGCAUGGUGGAAAUCCCGCUGGCGGGCGCGCCCACGGAGUCCGCCGCGGCGCCGCGCCCACCGCCCGCUAAGUACCCCCUACGUCCGCGCAGGUCUGUUGCGAGGUCGCGGGUGCGCGGGCACAUUGAGGUGUACGCGGCGCUGGUGGGGCGCGUGGGCGAGGCGGAGGAGGGCGAGGCGAGCCCUGCGCCCGCUGACGGCUGGGAGAUGGUGGAGCCCGAGACGCAGACCGGCACUGUGCAACCGGUUGGCACGACCAUUCAAACGGUACCGUCGUUUACCGGUGACGAUGAUUGGGAGUUGGUGGAGUCUGCUUACUUGAACCAUUUAACGAUCGGCGGCGACCCGCUGCCGCCGGGCUGGGAGGAGCGCCAGGACGCGAACGGACGCACCUACUACGUGAACCACGUGGCACGGUCCACGCAGUGGGAGCGGCCAACGUUCACUCGGAAUAUAAGUACGGAAACCCAAGCGGAGCGCAUGGAGACAGCGGCCACUGAGUUCCAGAGGCGGUUCCACAUCUCCGCUGACGACGAGCACAGCGCCGGCCCGCAGAGCGCCAACCACCAGGAGGAUAUGAACGAUACUCGAGCGGAUAGUACUUCGGCUGAAGUGACGCCGUUGCCUUCACCGGUGAGAUCACCAGAACCGGCGCCUACAUCGCCUACCGCGCCUACCGCGCCUACAGAACCUACAGAGUCUAAUGUUCCUACAGAAACAUCUAAUAUAAGCAACGACUGUGAUACUAAUGUAAGAAAUGACAAUGAUGAAGCAACGAGCUUAAUCGCAGAUGUAGAAAUAGAAACAGAACCAACAGAAGGGAAUGUAGAAACUGUUGAAAUUAUAGAAACGGAGGUUAUUAUAAAGGGAGAUGGCCAAGAAACAAUCGAUAAUGAAAUCGCUAGUACUAGUCAAGUUGUAGAUAAUGUCACUGAAGACAAUGAAUCAAAUAAUGAAAAUGAAUUAGUAAGACAACAAAGUGAUGAUGUGCUGUCCCAAGGCACGGCGGAGACUAAUGCAAGUGAGGAAGAAAAUAAUGAAGUGAGAGUUAAUGGUGAUGAGAUACCAGGUGAUGAUGAUGAAGUGGAAUUGAUAGAGAUAGUAGCGGAAUCGUUGACGUUCGAUGAGAACCAUUUUAGUACUCCGACGGGAGGCAGUCCGGAGGGCCGGUCGCCGACCUCCCGCCGGCGGAGGACUACGGCCAGCUCUAUGGAUGACUCGGAGGACGAAACAGACGCGUCCACGGAAAGUACGAGAAGCAGCAGUGCCAGCUCUCAGAGUCAAAAUCUGCCCAAUAGCGAUGGGUUGCCGCCCGGCUGGAGUAUGCAGCGAGCACCCAACGGCAGGAUAUUCUUUAUUGACCACAAUCAAAAAACAACAACUUGGAUCGACCCUAGAACAGGUUGCGCGUCCAGUCUGCCGGCGGCGGCGGCGGGCAGCAGCGCGGCGGGCAGCAGCGCGGCGGAGACGGACGAGCUGGGCGCGCUGCCCGAGGGCUGGGAGGAGCGCGUGCAUACUGACGGCAGGAUAUUCUUUAUUGACCACAACACGCGCACGACGCAGUGGGAGGACCCGCGGCUGUCCAACCCGCAGAUCGCGGGCCCCGCAGUGCCCUACUCGCGCGACUACAAGCGCAAGUACGAGUAUCUCAAGAGCCAGCUGCGCAAGGCGGGCAAUGUACCGAACAAGUUCGAGAUCAAGGUGCGUCGUAACUACAUCCUGGAGGACUCGUACCGCAUCAUCAGCUCCGUCAGCCGCCUCGACCUGCUCAAGACCAAGCUCUGGGUGGAGUUCGAGUCUGAAGUCGGCCUCGAUUACGGGGGUCUAGCACGUGAGUGGUUCUUCCUGCUGUCGAAGGAGAUGUUCAACCCUUACUACGGGCUGUUCGAGUACUCCGCCAUGGACAACUACACGCUGCAGAUCAACCCCAACAGCGGCGUCUGCAACGAGGAGCACCUCAACUACUUCAAGUUCAUCGGCAGGGUGGCCGGCAUGGCCGUCUACCAUGGGAAACUGCUCGAUGCAUUCUUCAUCCGUCCAUUCUACAAGAUGAUGCUGGGCAAGUCCAUCACGCUGCAGGACAUGGAGUCAGUCGACCUCGAGUAUUACAACUCCCUUAUGUGGAUCAAGGAGAACGAUCCGUCGGAGCUGUACCUCACGUUCUCAGUGGAUGAGGAGCAGCUCGGCAAGACGGUGCAACGCGACCUCAAGCCCGGCGGAGCCAACAUACCUGUCGAUAACGACAACAAGUUCGAAUACAUUAAGCUGGUGAUUCAAUGGCGGUUCGUGAGCCGUGUCCAGGAGCAGAUGUGUGCGUUCCUGGAGGGUCUGGACGGGCUGGUGCCGCUGCCUCUGCUGAAGAUCUUCGACGAGAACGAGCUGGAGCUGCUGGUGUGCGGCAUCCAGCACAUCGAUGUCCGCGACUGGCGCACCAACACCCUGUACAAGGGCGACUAUCACGCCAACCACCUCGUUGUGCAGUGGUUCUGGAGGGUGGUGCUGUCCUUCUCCAACGAGAUGCGAUCUCGUCUGCUGCAGUUCGUGACGGGGACCUCGCGAGUGCCAAUGAACGGCUUCAAGGAGCUGUACGGCUCCAACGGACCCCAACUCUUCACUAUAGAGAAAUGGGGGACCCCAGAAAACUACCCACGAGCACAUACAUGUUUCAACCGCAUCGACCUCCCGCCGUACGAGAGCUACCAGCAGCUGCGGGAGAAGCUGAUAAAGGCCAUCGAGGGCUCGCAGGGCUUCGCGGGCGUCGACUGAGGGUCGGCGUGGGCGCUGCGCACGCGGCUCGUCCGUCUGCUGGGCCUAGAGACGCGUCUAGCGCCCUGCCCCGGCCCCCCCACUGCGACACGCCCCAACACGCCCCCUACGUAGGCUACACAGCAACACCCCCUACGUAGGCUACACUGCGACACGCCCCAACACUACCCCUCCGAAGGCUUCACAACGACACGCCCCGCCCUCGGCCCUGCAAGCCACGCCCCCGUGUUAUCUAUACAACGCCACGCCCUACCUGAUCUACAUUCAACCUUAUACAUGUUCAGAUAUCUUCUAUACCUUCCUAUAUUCUUACAUCCUUUCAUGUCUCGUUACGAUGACGUCUACACACAACUAUGACGUCACGAUAUACCACGUCAUAGUGAUGUUAUAAAACAUGAUACAUUUCUUACCACGUUUUUGGUCACCUACUACCACUCAUUUCUUAAUUUGCCACUAAAGAUGUCACUUAGUGUAGAUUUUUCAUACCAAAUUCACACUAAAGGCGACCCCAAAGUUUCUGAGAGCGGUGGUUAUUCGUACAAUGAAUAUUGUAUAGCUUGUUAUAAAUUCUAAAACCAAAACUCGCAUUUUUCGUGGUUUGUAGUAAAAAAUAACAAAAAGUUACUUCUUACUCUAAUACAUUAUGUAAUACAUAAAUAUAUAAAAAAGACGAAAACCUUAAAACUGUUCAUAGUCAUAAUAAAUCUAAUAAGUAACUGCGUGCUAGAAUAUAUAAAGACAGCUUUGUUAGUGAGGUUUUAGGCAAAAUAAAAUAUAAAGAAAAUGAUACAACUGCCUACAAAACUCAACUCUUUGAUUUUACUAUGAAAUAUCAUAGAUUCAAAGAUAAUAGGGCAACGAAUUUAAAUAAAAUAUAUCUGUAAUGCAAAUUGUCAAUUUUCACAUAAUUAUGCCUUUUAAAGAUUAUAA